UUUCCCCAAACGCCAACCAGCAAGUCCCACGUGUACACUUUGUUUACAAAUCACGAUUUCAUGGCUGUUGUCAAUGCAUAUUUAGAGAAAUGCUGCUGAUUACGUUCUUAAGUAUCCUCUGCAUCACUGUGCAGGAGGAAACCGCCGGCAGAGAUGCCCAGAAGGAGAAAACAGUGGAGAAAGACCAGAAACUUUCACAAGAAGACAUUUAUCUUCAUCUUUUCCAUCAACAAAGAUUAGCCCAUAAAGAUGCCAUCAAAACAAUACUUACUCUAGAUAGUUUUGAAAAACAACAUAAAAUGAUUGGAAUUGUUCUGGAAAAGUUAUUCAAAGUUCUCAUCGAUGCCAAGACCACAUUGACCGUGUUGGGUUUUAUUCCUGGAGAUCCUUUUCCUAGUAAUAACGACACUAUCAGGGAUGCCUUGUCAAAUAUCGCAGAGAACACUGCAUUCUUUGGCGACCUUAUCCUACGACUGCCAGAUAUAACACACAAUAUAUUUGAUAGGAAAAAAGACUGGAACAUUCUAUUAGGCUGGAGCAUUGGGUUCUGUAACAGCACUGGCUUGUUUCAUGGCAAUGAUGCACAACUUUUACACUUGAUGGCGCAAGAACUGAAUUUUAUAGAAAGGGAUGCUGAUUAUGUUAAUCCUUACUCGGAAAAAUACACAAAGUUAAUGCGAGACAUUCAACAAAAGAAAUCAUCGGAGAUUAAAAAGCAGAAAACGAAGAAAAAGAAAAAGAAGAAGGAAACAAAGAAAGGUCCGAAAUUAAGCAGCCCAGGCCGAGUUGAGUUAUGAUUGUUAGCUUUUUAGGAAUUUUACACAAAGUUUUUUUAACAGCUUUUUUGAUAUCUAGUAAAAUGAUAGACUGUAUCCGUUUUUUUAUGCUCUGUAGUUUUGGGGGAAGGUUGUCUUUGUUGGUUCCUUGGGGGGGAUACUAGGCCAAGUAUGUUUAUUUGUGAUGUUGAUCUGUUAUGAAAACUAGAAGCUUGGGCAAUUUAGUAUUUUUUCUGUAAUACAAUAUUGUUACAGACAUUCUGCAAGAAGCAUGUGAAGAAGAGGUGUCAUUUUAAAACAUGGAAUUGUUUUAGUCAAAUCUGGACAAGACUGUUGUCCAUUUGUAAAUGCUUUGGCUGCAUCAUUUGGGGACACUUCAUUUGAUAAACAUACUGUAUGUUGUGAAUUAAUUGUCUAUGCACAGUGUUUUGUUGUGGCAGACGUAUAUAUUUGUCACAUACAUGUAUCUACACACAUGGGUUAAAAAUCUUAAAAACAAGUGAAUUGUGGGAGCCUACAUCAUUGGCCCCUCUCUAAAAGCAAGACAUAAUACCUCAGUGAAACUGCCAUUGGGGUAUGUCUCAUAAGUCAAAGAGAGCAAAAGAUAAAUAAAUGAUGGUCUUCUUCGGAUUUUAUGAUCAUUUUUGCUAACUAUUCACUUGUGAGAUGUACCCCUGUGGGAACAGCCAUCAUCUUUAUUGUUUCACCCGUAUUGUCCUGUGCAAAUCACUGUGGUUGUGCUGCGUACUGUAAAAUCAGUCCAGGGCUGUUACAAUUUGAUUGAUAGCGGUAUCAUGUAAUGAUAUAGGUGCUUACACUUUGAAAAGAGUGAGGGCUCCUAGGCAAGUUAACAGUCUUCUUACAAUUUUGUAAACAUUUAUGAGAUAAGUCCGUUAUCGCAGAAGAUUUACCCAAUAUUUGUUUGAAUAAAAUCAGUUCUUUA